CCCUGAGGAUGUCGGACGGGAUCAUGAGCAAGGCCGCCACCAUGGAGAUCCCCAUCAGCAGCAACGGGGACACGGGCAGCCUGCCAGAGGACGACGGCUUGGAGCAGGACCUGCAGCAGGUGAUGGUGUCAGGGCCCAACCUCAACGAAACCAGCAUCGUCUCUGGUGGCUACGGGGGCACAGCUGAAGGCAUCAUCCCCACCAGCACCAUCAAAGGUUCCGGGCUGCACCAGCCCCACCCCAGCCCAGCCGUCGGAGGAGAGGAAGUUGUCCGUGGCAUCGCCGUGGAGAAGUUUGACAUUGUCAAGAAAUGGGGUAUCAACACAUACAAGUGUACCAAGCAGCUGAUCUCGGAGCGGUUUGGCCGUGGCUCCCGCACCGUGGACCUGGAGCUGGAGACACAGAUUGAGCUGCUCCGGGAGACAAAGCGCAAGUACGAGUGUGUGCUGCAGCUCGCGCGGGCUUUCACCAACCACUUCUACAGCCUGGUGCAGACACAGCACGCCCUGGGGGAUGCCUUUGCGGACCUCAGCCAGAAGUCUCCUGAGCUGCAGGAGGAGUUUGGUUACAACGCGGAAACACAGAAACUGCUCUGCAAGAAUGGAGAAACACUACUGGGGGCUGUCAACUUCUUUGUCUCCAGCAUCAACACACUGGUGAACAAGACCAUGGAGGACACACUCAUGACGGUCAAGCAGUAUGAGACAGCCAGGCUGGAGUACGACGCAUACCGCACGGACCUGGAGGAGCUGAGCAUGGGCCCUCGGGAUGCCAGCACCCUGUGCCGGCUGGAUGCAGCCCAGAGCCAGUUCCAGAGCCACAAGGACAAGUAUGAAAAGCUGCGUGCUGAUGUGGCCAUCAAGCUCAAGUUCUUGGAGGAGAACAAG